AUGCAUUAUAGAAAAAUGCAUUCCACAUCAGCGAUCAAAACUGUGUAUCUCUUUGUAGGGAAAACCGUGAAAUUUCUUUUUCCUAGUUUCUUUCAUUCUUGCCAUUUGUUUUUCCUUCACUCCAGAACUUUCUUUUUUUCAUUUUCUUUCAAUUUUGAUAUUUAUUUUUCUGACUUUUGCAAGUUUUUUUGUUGUUUUUGUGCUAUUCAUUUUUCCUUCAUUUUUUUUUACUAUUCAUUUGUCCUUCAGUGUAGAUAUUUCAUUUUUCCUUCAUUUUUUAUAAUAUUCAUUUCUCCUUCAGUGUGGAUAUUUCAUUUUUCCUUCAUUUUUUUCUUCAUUUUUUAUAAUAUUCAUUUGUCCUUCAGUGUGGAUAUUUCAUUUUUCCUUCAUUUUUUUCUUCAUUUUUAUAAUAUUCAUUUGUCCUUCAGUGUGGAUAUUUCAUUUUUCCCUCAUUUUUUUCUUCAUUUUUAUAAUAUUCAUUUGUCCUUCAGUGUGAAUAUUUCAUUUUUCCCUCAUUUUUUUCUUCAUUUUUAUAAUAUUCAUUUGUCCUUCAGUGUGGAUAUUUCAUUUUUCCCUCAUUUUUUCUUCAUUUUUAUAAUAUUCAUUUGUCCUUCAGUGUGGAUAUUUCAUUUUUCUUUCAUUUCUUCUUCAGUGUGGAUAUUUCAUUUUACUCUAUUUUUUUCUUCAUUUUUUUUCACUAUUCAUUUCUUCUUCUGUGUGGAUAUUUCAUUUUUCCUUUCUUUUUUUUACUAUUUAUUUCUUCUUUUAUCUGGAAAUUCUUUAUUUCAUAUUUUCUAUUUAUUAUUAUUCUAUGUGCAAUUUUCAUUCUUUUCUUCUUUCAUUACUUUCUUUUUCUUUUCUGCAAUCAUUUUUUCUUAUUUAUUAUUCCUUCUAUAUGAAAAAUAUUUCUACCUUUUUCCUUCAUUAUUUACAAUUAAUCUUCUUUCUUUUUGGACAUUCCUUCUUUCCUGA